AUGGGAGAUUACGGCCCCGUCGUCCCAUCCACCGACUCCUCCCCGGUGGGCCAACCCUCCCAGCCCCCGCAGGGUCCCAACGAGAUCUCCGUGCUGGUAACGGGAUUUGGCCCCUUCAAAACCAAUCUCGUCAACGCAUCCUUUCUCAUCGCCUCAUCUCUUCCUCCCUCAUUUACCUUCUCACACCCAACCACCGAUAACACCAACGAUGAACGCCGCAUCUCCCUCCACGUCCACCCAUCUCCCAUCUCCGUGGCAUACGCAACCGUACGCGAAACUCUCCCUCUAAUCAUGGAGGAAUACGCAGCCACCCACGACGGACGACGACCAGAUCUAAUCAUCCACAUCGGCAUCGCCUCGCCCCGACCCUACUACUCGGUCGAAUCCCUCGCCCACCGCGACGACUACAACAUCACCGAUAUCGAGGGUCGAAACGGAUACGAGGACGGGGAGAAACGCUGGCGCGAGAUGGGUCUUCCGCCUGUUCUUGUCCCGGGUCUUGCGACGGAAGAUGAUAUUAAGAAUAGUAACCAGUCAUUUAGCUCUGGCUUGACUACUACCACCACCACCACUACUACUAGGGUGACCGUGCCCUACCCGCCGGACGACCAUUUCCUGCAUGUAUGGAAGUCUUAUACACCGGAGCACUUGGAUCUGCGUGUCUCGCAGGAUCCGGGCCAUUAUCUCUGCGACUUUAUCUUCUACACGAGUCUUUCGUUGGCGAAGAGGCAGGGUGUGGAUCGGAAUGUGCUCUUUUUGCAUGUUCCUGGUGGUUCGGAGGAUGCGGAUGUUGAGCGUGGACGGAAGGUUGCGCUCGCGCUGAUUAAGACUAUGGUUACCUGCUGGAUUGAUGAGAAGAGGAAGAGUUCUGCGUGA